UUAAACGGUCCCCCGUACCACAAUAUAGUCUCUUCUCCUAUCUGUAAUUCACCCAAAACCCCUGAUUCACCUUUUGUGCCCUUACUUCAUGGCUGACACCGCCACCUCCACCUCCACCUCUACCUCGGCGGCCGCCGCCGCCGCCGAAGAGCCACCGCCACAAGAAGCCAAAAAAGCGACUGAAGCACCAAAAAGAUGGGCCGAUUUAGAAGACGACCCUCCGGAGGAACCGAGCGCAUCCUCAGCAUCGGAGGAAAAAGGCGCGCCGGAACUCGACGUGGAAAACCUAGCAAUCGACGAGAACAGAAAGAUCAACAAAUUCCUCGACGAACCCGAAGACUCCAACAUCAAAGCCGUUACACCAGGGGAUACACCGUACACGUCAGCGUCUACAUUUGAGGAAUUGAAAUUAUCACCAGAAUUAUUGAAAGGAUUAUAUGUUGAGAUGAAAUUUGAAAAGCCUAGUAAAAUUCAAGCUAUUAGUUUACCAAUGAUUUUAACUCCCCCUUAUAUGGAUUUAAUUGCUCAAGCCCAUAAUGGUUCUGGAAAAACUACUUGCUUUACACUUGGAAUGCUAUCACGUGUCGAUCCGAAUUUAAAAGCUCCUCAAGCACUUUGCAUUUGUCCCACUCGAGAAUUGGCUAUUCAGAAUUUGGAAGUGCUUAGGAAGAUGGGGAAGCAUACUGGGAUAACUUCAGAAUGCGCCAUUCCAAUGGAUAGUAGUAAUUAUAUACCGAUUUAUAAACGGCCGCCAAUUACAGCUCAAGUAGUUAUUGGUACUCCUGGCACCAUUAAGAAGUGGAUGUCCGUGAAGAAAUUGGGUGUGAGUUGUGUGAAGAUUCUCGUGUUUGAUGAGGCGGAUCAUAUGCUGGCUGAGGAUGGAUUUAAAGAUGACUCCUUAAGAAUAAUGAGGGAUAUUGAAAGGAUCAGUUCUAAUUGCCAGGUUCUUCUGUUUUCUGCCACAUUUAGUGAGACGGUCAAGAAUUUUGUAUCAAGGAUAGUUAAGAGAGAUCACAAUCAACUAUUUGUCAAGAAGGAAGAACUAUCAUUGGAGUCAGUGAAGCAGUUCAAGGUGAAUGUCCCAGAUGAACUUUCCAAGGUUCUGGUGAUUAAAGAGAGAAUUUUUGAAUUUGGAGAGCGCCUAGGGCAGACAAUAAUAUUUGUACGUACAAGGAAUAGUGCAAGCAUGUUGCAUAAGUCACUUGUUGACCUUGGUUAUGAGGUUACCACAAUCCAAGGUGCUCUGAAGCAAGAAGACCGAGACAAGAUAGUGAAAGAGUUCAAAGAUGGUUUGACUCAAGUCCUCAUUUCAACUGACCUUCUUGCCCGGGGUUUUGACCAGCAACAGGUUAAUUUGGUCAUCAAUUAUGAUCUUCCUGUGAAGCAUGACAAUCGUACAGAGCCUGAUUGUGAGGUUUACUUGCAUAGAAUCGGUAGGGCAGGGCGCUUUGGCCGCAAGGGAGCUGUGUUCAACUUGCUCAGCGGUGAUAUGGACCAGAUGAUAAUGUCCAAAAUUGAAAAUCACUUUGGCACCAAAGUAGCAGAGGUGGCCGACUGGAGGAAUGAGGAAGACUUUAAAGCUGCUCUCAGAUCAGCUGGUUUAUUGUAAACAAAGCUUCAGUCAAAACUAGAUUGUACUUUAUUAAGUUAUGCACUUUACCCUUUUUGGCGAAAUUAGCUGGUUUGAUUUUGAGAAGUUGAUGUCCUGUUUUUGAAGUUGCUAUUCACAAAAUAUUUGAACUGAAAAGAAGAAGAAGAAAACCAAUCAUUUGUGGUCUUUAUUUUGGAAUCUAAGUGGGAGAAUUUUGAGUUCAUUGUA